GUCUCGCUGGCUCUGCCCUUCUGUGUUGUGUUCCGCCCAUAACACAUGCCGAAAGCUGCCAUUGGUUGAUGCAGUUAUCCCUUUGAAGUUACUCUUUGGUUCGGUUGCUUGACUUGUUCAGAGGUGCGGAGAAAGCUGUUGAAGGGGCUGGUCUUGUGCAGGAAUUGCUAAACUAAUAACGCAGAGCGUUGCAGGGUUGUUGACUGUACUCGAAGAGCAAAGCAAACCUUGAAAGGAUCCAGGACGCUGUGUUCACUUAAGCCUCACUUUUUUCCCCUUUCGCCCCUGGUCUCUCCAAAUGAACAGUUCCCCCUCUGGAUGUAACCAAAGGACACCCGACCAGCGUGCUGAGCUGACCCACGCCCUCCCGAGACAGCCUUCUGCUCCGGGCUCUCAAGCUCUCGCCCCUUCUGACCCGGUGAGACAAGCAAAGCGACUUCCUAUCCGAGUUCUGAAGAUGCUGACUGCCCACACAGGUCAACUACUACACCCCGAGUAUCUGCAGCCGUUGUCUUCCACGCCAGUCAGUCCAAUUGAAUUGGAUGCUAAGAAAAGUCCGUUGGCGCUGUUAGCUCUGACUUGUUCUCAGAUUGGAAAGCCAGACCCACCUUCUUCCUCAAAGCUUAAUUCUGUGGCAUCUAGUGGUAUGAACGAGAAGGAUUCUGGCAGGUCAUCGAUGAAACUUGGGGAACCUACAAAUGAGGAUAAGUCGAGCUUCAAGCCUUAUUCCAAAGCUGGGGGUGAGCCCAGGAAGGAAGGAGUCUCAUGCGGUGCCAAUGGGGAUAAAUCCGGUUUCCGAGUCCCGAGCGCCACCUGUCAGCCCUUUCCACCUCAUGCAGCCUCUCCGAAUGCCAGAGGCAACUCGCCUCCGCAGACAGAUCAUUGCAAAACAAGUGACAACCAAGAUAAGGAGUCAGAGCCAUCAAAGCCUAGUUCGGAUAAUUCGCAACCUGGGGCCAGUCUGACUAGAGCCAGUGCGAGCUCUAGUUCCUCUGGUUCUGAGUCUGGCCAGCAUGGAGAACUCACCAGCCCUGGGACAAAGCCUGAUCUACAAGGACUGGGACCCGGGCAUGUAGCUCCAGUGUCACCAUACAAGCCUGGACAUUCAGUCUUCCCUUUGCCUCCUUCCAGUAUAGGCUAUCAUGGAUCAAUCGUUGGAGCUUAUGCUGGUUACCCCUCUCAGUUUGUUUCUGGACUGGAUCAUGCUAAAACGAGUCUUGUUGGGAGUCAGUUGCCUGGGACUUUGGGCUUACCUGGGAAACCUCACAGUUCUAGCCCACUUACAGGAGCUUCUCCGCCAUCUUUCAUGCAAGGAUUAUGUAGAGACCCUUACUGUCUGAGCUACCACAGCGCUCCUCACCUAGGAAGCAGCAACUGCUCCACGUGUGUUCACGAUCCAACAUCUCUGAAAUCCGGAUAUCCUUUGGUUUACCCAACGCAUGCUCUCCAUUCUGUCCACCCAACUUCUCUGUCUUCCAGUGCCACCACGAGCUUGCAGGGGCACCCGUUGUACACAUACGGUUUCAUGUUGCAAAACGACCCUGUGCCUCAUAUAUGUAACUGGGUGUCUGCCAGUGGACCUUGCGACAAACGUUUUGCCACUUCGGAAGAAUUGCUCAGUCAUUUGCGCACACACACAGCUUUACCUGGGGCAGACAAACUAUUGGCUGGGUAUCCUACUUCAGGCCUAGGUUCUGCCACCUCUUGCCACCUUCAUUUGCCGUCAACUGCCCCAGGAAGUCCUAGUACUCUACCAGGAUCGCUGUCUCUGAGGAGUCCGCAUACACUGGGACUGAACAGAUACCAUCCAUACAAGACUCAUCUGUCUACAGCGGGUCUUCCAGUAACAGCUUUGCCAACUGCAGGACCAUAUUAUUCCCCUUAUGCACUAUACGGACAAAGGCUAACCUCAGCAUCUGCUCUUGGGUACCAGUAACAGUAUAUCAAACUUGAUUUGCUCUUCUUGGACUGAUGUGUAUUUAUUUACUGUAUGUUAGCUUAAAGCUGGGGAAAUAAGUGCAUUAUUACACCAAUGAAAUAACAUUAUGCAAAAAGUCUCUAUAUCCAAAAAGCGAACAAAAAAUCGAUAAACCAUCAAUCCACUUUUGUUUCACUUAACUGUUUUCAGCCUUUUUUCUGGGGGAUUUAUUGCAUGUUUCUUCUCACUCAGUACAUUAGUUUGGAUAUCAUUUACAAAUUAUUUUUAAUUUGUACAGUUAACAAGAGAUGUAAUAUUUUUUGUAUUGUAUAUUGGGGAACAAGAUGGCAGUGCUAUCCAAAAUGGGAAGUCUUAUUUUGUUAAUAAAUGACAACUUGAUAUAUUGAAAAGCAA